GAGAUGAGUUCACCUUCUGUAAACAAACACGGCGGUGGCUGCGGGAGCAUCUUGCUUACACAAGUCACAAAAAUGAUAUAGGAAGAACAUAAAAGCACUUCUGAAUAACGAACGAAUCUCACAAGAAUCUCACAAGAAUCUCACCAGCCUCCAUGUCAUAAUACGAAGAACCUUUUUGUAUUAUUCAUACAAAAUUCCCUCAUCGAACAAGAUGCAGCUGUUACGCAUUCAUUAUCAGAAGUUAUUUGUGUGCCUGUCGUUUGUGAUGCUGGUGUUUGUGGUGGUCAGAGUUUGGGACAGUGACAGUGACCCCAUUGCACAACGGCAGAAUGGAUCGGGAUCUCUCAGGAGCUCAGAGAAGAGGCAGGGGAGUGCCCAUGAAAACAGCAUCAAUAUAGACUCUCCUGUCUUGUCUCUGCACCCUGCACGCUCAGGGAACAAGGGUGGCAAUGUAAAUGUGUUUGCGGAUCUGUUUCAAGAAUUGGCCAAGGAAGAGACCUGUCCUUUGUGCUUUGGCCAGGACCUCUGUGAAGAUAUUUCCGCUGGAUUUUUAACAUUGUCAUCAGAUACUCCACAUGUCCAUGAUGCUGAUGUGUCCUAUGAGGCACAUCUUGGAGACUUGCAUAAGCUGUCUGUUAAGGUGCCAUCAUCUGAUCGAUUCUCAAGAUUGGAUGACUUGGUGUGCAACAAUGCUAGCUUAGGAGUAGGUUGCACGAUUCGUGUUGCAGCCAGUAAGUCAUAUCUGGCAAGACCCCAUGAACUGACUUCUCGCUCACUUUACAAGCUGCUACACCACAUUGGAAUCACCAGGAUGAAUU